AUGGCUCUCCACAGCUGCUGGUACUUCAUUCCGUUAAGUCAUUUUGGUCUGUUGGUAAUGUUAUCUAUCUAUCUAUCUAUCUAUCUAUCUAUCUAUCUAUCUAUCUAUCCUAUUGAUCAUAAUAACCCCUCCAGAGGCCUGCUGAACUAUGUUGUUAGCAAGGCGUUUGGGGAAGGAUUGAAACUAGACUUGAAAAAUCUAUCUAUCUAUCUAUCUAUCUAUCUAUCUAUCUAUCUAUCUAUCACAGUCUGUUUAUAUCUAUCUAAAUCUAUCUAUCUAUCUCAAAUCUAUUUAUCUAAGUCUGUUCUAUCUAUCUAUCUAUUCAUCUAUCUAUCUAUCUAUCUAUCAAGCAUUUUAAAUGCAUACACAUCCAUCUCUUUCGCCAUAUUUCAAUCUAACAAAGGAAAAAAAUCCCAGCUCUUUUAUUUUUCUAUUUAUUUUUAUUAUUUUCUUUAUUUUAAUCUUUUUUUAAAAUUCGCUCUAUUUCUUUCUUUCUUUCUUUCUUUCUUUCUUUCAGUCAUCUUUUUUUCCUCUUAUUUCAUCAAUCUAUGA